AUGGAAGAAAGAAGCAAUAGCAAUUGUGUGUGUACCAAAAGACAUAACCUUGACCGUAUCAGCGACUUACCAGACUCCAUUCUCCACCACAUCCUCUCCUUCUUGCCCACAGAAGAAGCUAUCGAAGCCUCAUACUUAUCAAAAAGGUGGAACUGGUUAUGGACUUUUGCCUCAGGCUUAUCCUUCUAUGACCAUCAAGAUUCAGAGCAUGUCACUGACCUCGCUGUCUCCGUGUGCAAAACCCUACCCCUAUACCGUUCUCACAAGUUAGACAAGUUUCACAUCACCGACUUUAGAUACACACCACGUUUCGAGUGUUAUGUGGACUACUGGGUUAACUUCGCAACAACCCACAAUGUUGAAAACCUCUAUCUAGAACUUGAUAGUACAGAGAUGCCCUAUUAUGAUCAAUAUAGGUUGUCUCAAAGUUUAUGCACUCACUCGUCGUUAAAGACAUUGGCUCUAAGAUUUUGUAAGUUUGAACCAAAACCUUGUAUUCGUUGGACUUCGCUCAAAGUAUUAUGUAUUGCUUAUGCUAGGUUGACCCGUGAUAUGAUACGUAAGAUUUUGUUGGGUAGUCCUGCUCUUACAGAUUUGAGAUUGUAUAACUUUGAGUUUCAAGGUAAGGUAGGUAAGAAUGUGGUCACUAUUAAUUCUACAAGCCUGCAAAAAUUAGAGCUAGAUGGAGGUAAAGAUCUAUGCAGUGAAGACUUUUCUGUAGUAGUAAUUUUGGCUCCUAAUCUUCGGUCGCUAAGUAUAUCCGGGUUAAUGUAUAGAAGGAGGUUUCGGUUGAGGAAUGUAUCAUCUUUGGUUGAAGCUAAACUCAGUUUCGAGAGGACAAUGACUGAUCAUGAAAGAGAAUCUUGUUACUCAAAGAAUCGGAGUGUGUUAACGAAACUUCUUGUAUCGCUUCUUCAUGUUCCCAAAAUCACCAUAUCAACCUGGUGUCUUCAGGUCUUGAGUCUCUUGACAAUAUUGGAAGUGAAAGCUUUGCCAUCUCCAUUGGCAGAGCGCAAAUGUUUGGUCUUAGACACAGAGCUUAACAAAUGGGACCUUCCAGGGAUCACUAACCUGCUUCAAAGUUCACCUGAUUUGGAGAAACUGGUUGUAAACUUGGUACCCUCCUGCAACUCUAAGUUGGAGUUUAAGCCAGAAUUUAUCAACGAUUAUAACUUCGAUCACGAGGAGUUUUGGAAUUCGAAAAGGACAUUUGAGUGUUUGUCUCUGCAUCUUAAGACGGUUGAGAUUGUUGGUUUUGAAGCAAAGUGUUUUGGGUUGCCAUUUGUACUUGGGUUUGUACAGUUUCUGCUUAAGCAUGCAAGGGUGCUAGAGAAGAUGGUUAUAUAUGAAAAAAGAGAGGCUACUAAUCAAACCCCGACUCUUGUGGAGGCACGUGAAUUUCUGCAGGUCACUCAACUAAUUUUAUCAUACCAAAAAUCCUCUCCAAAUGCCGUGGUUAUGUUCUCUUGA